CAUAAUUUAUAAAAUAAAAUAAAAAUAAAAAAUCAAUGCUUUUUUGCCACCUUCUUCUUCGUUCAUUCCUUUCUUCCCCAAUCCCCUAAUCCCUUCUCUCUCUCUCUCUCUCUCUCUCUCUCCAUCUCCUAAAAAUAAGAUCUUGAUACCUCCCAGCUCACCAUCUCUUUCAAACUCAAACAACCCAUUUACCAAAUCUUCACAAUUUCCAUUUAAUUUUUGUUAUCUUUUCUUUUCCUCCAACCAGACCCAUGGAUCUGGCCCCAGAGGAGCUUCAAUUUCUCACCAUCCCAGACAUCCUCAGAGAAUCAACCUCCAUCCCCAAACAGUCCCCUAAGACCUUCUACCUCAUAACCCUAACCCUAAUUUUCCCCCUCUCCUUCGCAAUCCUAGCCCAUUCCCUCUUCACCCACCCUCUCCUCAACCAGCUUCAAGGCCCGUCCACCGACCCGGCCCAGCUCCACCACAAAUGGACUGUCCUCCUCCUCUUCCAGUUCUGCUACCUCAUCUUCCUCUUCGCCUUCUCUCUCCUUUCCACAGCCGCAGUGGUCUUCACUGUCGCUUCCCUCUACACCUCAAAGCCCGUCUCUUUCUCCUCAACCCUCUCCGCCAUCCCCAAAGUCUUCAAGCGCCUCUUCAUCACUUUCCUCUGGGUCUCUCUCCUAAUGGUCUGUUACAAUUUCGUCUUUGUAGCUUUUUUGAUCCUUCUCAUUCUCGCCAUUGAUACCCAGAACCCACUUUUGCUUCUUUUCUCCGGCGUUGUGCUAUUUCUUCUAUUCUUGGUUGUACAUGUUUAUAUAACCGUGGUCUGGCAUUUGGCCAGCGUUGUUUCUGUGCUUGAGCCCGUUUACGGGUUCGCUGCGAUGAAGAAGAGCUAUGAGCUGCUGAAGGGGAAGAUUGGGAUGGCUUUUUUGCUGGUGUUCGGGUACUUGUCCAUUUGUGGGGUUAUCGGAGGCGUUUUUGGGACGGUGGUGGUCCAUGGCGGGGAAGAUUAUGGGGUUUUUGUGAGGAUUGUGGUGGGUGGGUUCUUGGUGGGUGUUUUGGUGAUUGUGAAUUUGGUUGGGUUGUUGUUGCAGAGUGUGUUUUACUAUGUUUGCAAGAGUUACCAUCAUCAGGGGAUUGACAAGAGUGCUUUGCAUGAUCACCUUGGCGGAUAUCUUGGAGAAUACGUGCCUCUCAAAAGCAGCGUUCAGAUGGAAAACUUGGAUGUCUGAGGAAGGAAGAAGAUACUUGGAUUUAUGUGUAAGUUUCUGUGUAUUGUAAAAAAGAAAGAGAAAAAAAAAGAAAAUCAAAACUUUGGGAAAGGCUUGUGGAAUUUGAGUUUAGUUUUUGGUUGUACCUAUACAUGUUCCUUGUUUCUUUCCUAAUAAACAUUUAAGCUAGCUGUUGCUUCUAAUUGAUUUACGUUGCUGGGAAUUACUGUUAA